AUGGUGGCCCGGUGGCCGGCGCUCGGCGGCAGCAUCGUCGGCAGCGGUCCGUGGCUCGGCGUACGGGCCUCGGGCUCGGCGGCGGGCAGCGGCGGCGGCGGCGAUGAUGGCGGCGGUUUGGAGUGGUUGGCCGGCCUGGUGAAUCACGAGGCCUCGGGCAUGCCAACACAGGUGGCGGCCGCCACCCCAGCCGCCUCCGGCAGCAGCAGCGCCGCCGACGGCGGCGCGCCCGCGCCCGCGCCGGCGGGCGCCGCGGCGCCGCCGCGGGGGCGGUUCGACCUGGCUGGCAUGCGGGCGCUGCUGGCGGCGUUGGGGGACCCUCAGGAGCGGUUGGAUGUAGUCCACAUCGCCGGCACCAAGGGCAAGGGCUCCGUCGCCGCCAUGCUGGCCGGGAUGCUGCGUGCUGCCGGGCUGAGGGUCGGCGUCUACACGAGCCCCCACAUGCACACGAUCCGGGAGCGCAUUCAGACCCCCGGCUCGGGCUCGCCGCCGUCGGCGCCCCCGGCGCGGGCCGCGGGAGGCGACGGCGCCGGCAGCGUGGCCGGCGGCGGGCCGCCGCGGCAGCCGGAGAUUAUAAGUGAGGCCGAGUUUGCGGGGCUCGCGUCGGCCGCGCGCGCCGCGGCGGCGGCCGCAAUGGAAGCGGGCCACUUGGCUGCGCCGCCGACACACUUUGAGGCGGUCACAGCGAUGGCGCUGCGCCACUUUGUGGAAGCGGGCGCUGACGUGGCGGUGGUCGAGGCCGGCAUGGGGGGUGCCACCGACGCGACCAACGUGGCACCUGCCGGGAAGCUGCAGGCGGCGGUGAUCACUCAGAUCGGUUGGGACCACGUCGAGGCACUCGGGGGCAGCCUGGAGAGCAUAUCAGAAGCCAAGGCCGGGAUCGCGAGGCCAGGGCGCCCAAUCAUCCUCGCCGCCCAGCCGCACGCGGCCGCGGCCGCCGCGCUGCGCGCUGCGGCCGCACGUGUGGGCGCUGCGCCCGCCGUCGACGCGGGCGCGGCGGUGGCGGUGGAGGCGGCGGGGCCGGUGUGCGUCGCGGCAGGGCCGGGGUGGCACCUGGCCAGGCAGGCGGUAGAUGUUGUGGCGUCACCCGACGCAUCCGCCUGGGGCCGAGACGCGGCGCCGGCGUCGGCGGUUGCGGCAGCAACGCCCGCCCUGCGCCUGGAGGGGGUGCAGAUGGCGAUGGUCGGCGCCCACCAGCGCGCCAACGCGGCGGUCGCGGUCGCGGCCGCCCUGGAGCUGCGGGAACAGGGGUGGCGCGUGCCGGACGCCGCCAUACGCGCGGGACUCGAGGGCGCGGCGCUGCCGGGGCGCUUCCAGGUGCUGAGGCUCCAGCAGGCAACCGCGGCCACCUCGGACGACCAGCAGCAGCAGCAGCAGCAGCAGCAGCAGCAGCAGGAACCGUACAUCGUUCUUGAUGGCGCCCACACCCCCGAGUCCGCCGCCGCCCUCGCCGCCGCGCUGCGGGAGGCGUUCCCGCCGCCGGCGCCGCUGGCGCUGGUGGUCGCGAUGGCGGCCGACAAGCAGCACGCCGGGGUGCUCGCGGCGCUCCGGGCCGCGCGGCCCGGGGCGGUCGUGUUCACGUCGGUGCCCGUGGCGGGCAGCAGCCAGCGCAGCGCGCCGCCAGGCACGCUGGCGGCGCACUGGCAGGCGGCGGCGAUGACGUCAUCGGGCCCGCCCUUCAGGUGCCGCGAGCUCAUCCAGGCGGGCGUGGUGGCGGCGCUGCAGCGCGCGCGGCGCGAGGUCGCGGCGCUCGCCCACCAGCGCGCGGGGGGCGCCGGGGGCGGGGCGGCGCCGGUGAUGUGCGUGACCGGGUCGCUGCACGCUGUCGCGGCUGCUGCGCGGGAGCUGGAGCAGCUGGCUUCGCGGUGA